CCCAAUGAAAGAACAAACAAACUUCCAAUACUUUUUCAGAACAGGGCACAGGCUCCGCUAAAUAACUGCUCUAUACCUGAUGACUGGCUGUAUCCACUUUGCAAAUACAAAAUUGAGGUAACUACACUACAUAUGGCAAAAGGUGCCUUUAACCAAUUCUGUAAAACGAACAAAAGAAUGUUUAGGAGAGGCAAAGGAGUCUGUUAAGAGCAGGAUGUGUUAUUUACUACCGAUCCAUCGAUCUACAGAUCCAUUGAUCUAAACUGGUUCUUAAAACGGUGGGGGCGAAAAACAAAUCAAAAUUAAGUAAAGAAAAAAAAGCGAGCCCGACAUCUCGCUUUACAACGCCAACCUUUUUCACCGGCAACUUUUUUUCAUUUAUGUGCAAGAAAUACACUGGAUUGGGCUGCUGUAUAGUGCUACGGAAAUCUUACUUUUCAACUUAACAUACUUACAACCUUUCUUUUCCAGAUAAAUCUGAUAUGCUGGUCUGCACCAUCCCAAAAAUGAUAACCACAAUCAUACUAACCAUAAUAUACAAUUUCAUAAUAUAUAAUUAUAAUAAUCAUCAUCACAAUCAUAAUCAUAACAUUAAGAAAGCAAGAGCUCGUUAACCAAAUGUAGCAGCCUAGUCUAGUUUUGUUUCCAGGAAUAAUGAUAAAACAAUUGUUAUCAAUAACCUUUGAAAUCGUCACAACGAACCCUAAAUUGUCAUAAUUGGGGGUAUAUGUUGCUGUUCAUCAAUUGCUAUCGACGAUGGCAAUGGAAAUAACGACGAGAAAGAACUGGUGCAACGUGGAACUGUGGCUGGACUAUUCAUUACGGGAGAGGACAGCUCUGCCGCAUUCUGGACACUGGUGAAUUUCAUGGCCAGGUGACAAGGAGAUUAAUUUAGACUUCCACAGCUGAAGUUUCCUUUGAGCUUCUGCUCUACUGCUCUGCUAGAAUAGGACAGCAGCUUGUUAGGUCAAGUGCCAGAGACUCCCAGGUUUCCCAGCAAUAUCAAAGGCCCAGCCACUUUUUGAGAAAGUCCUCGUAGCGCUUCUUCUGUGCACCUACGGAAAGUUUCUCCUUGACUAAUUCUCCAUAAAACAAUCUUUUUGGGGAAGGGUUUGUGCCAUUGUGCUACGACGGCAAUUAUAGCCUACCUAAGCUGGGCUCUGUGGAGCAGAGUAUGUAUGCUUGGCAUGCCAGCUAGACGAAGACUUCAGUGUCAGGGACUUUGUUACCCCAGGUGAUUUCCGCGGCAGUUUUGGUAAAGUUGGUUAAUCUCUUGGAUGUGGCGCUCGUAUACUGACCUUGUUUCACAGGCAAUACAGUAAUGAAGACAGCACCACUGGCUUGUAAACCUUGAGUUUUGCCAAGGCAGCUGCUUCUCUUUCCCCAAACCCUAUCACGAAGUCGUCCGAAAACUGAGCUGGCCUUGGCAAUGCGUAAAUUGACCUCGUCGUCCAUUUUGGCAGAUCUGGAAAGUGUGCUGAAUACGUACGUUAACCUGUCAAACAGUCUUGGGAAUUUCCUCUUUGACAGUGCCGGCAGGCCAUGGUAUACCACACGCGUCUUCUUCGCAGCAGGCUGGUGUAGAACGUCAGUUUCCUUGGUACUGAUUGUACGCCCAAGGUUAUUGCAAGAAUUAGAAAAACAAUCGAUGCUCAGUUGCUUAUAGGUCUCGGUGACAGUAUUAAGCGCACAGUCAUCUGGGAACAGGAAGUGACGCACUGUAACUUCGUUCGCCUUGAUCACUACCUGUAGCCUGCGAAAGUUGAAUAGGCUUCCAACGAGAUACUACCAUCGCUUUUUUGUAGACGACGUCCGUCAACAUGGCUGUGAACAUCAUGUUGAAGAGUGUGGAUGCAAGGACACAUCUUUGCUUGACUCAGUUAGUGAAUGAAAAUGCUUCAGACUGGUCUGAAAUUAAUCAAGUACUCGAGCAACCAUGGCGUCGUGGAACUUACGCGCCAUGCUCAUGAACUUAUCUAGACAGCCACACGUUGCCAUGAUCCUCCAUGGGUCCUCGCAACUAACGGUGUCACGGGCCAUUGUCAGGUCUACAAUUGUUAUGUAGAGAUCUUUAUUCUGUUCUUGACGCUGUUCCCGGAGUAACCGUGUAGCAAAAAACAUGUCCACAAUUCCAUGGCCCUUCAUACACCACACAGAUUUUCUGGGAGGUGACCAUCCUCCAAGUGCUGGAAUAAGGCGAUUGGAGAGGACUCUUACAACGACCUUGCCAGCGACGAUUAGGUGCAGCGUGACAAAAUCCCUCAGUGAUUGUCGCAUUAUUGUCUAUUUCCCCUUAUCUUAUCGAGAUUUCAAUAGAGGCAACCUUGACUUCCUUCUGCCAGAAGGACUGAAAAUUCUUGGCGAGUUUUUGUAAUAAGACUGGCCCUCCUGCCUUGAAGUCUUUAGCUGGGAUGGAUAAAUAUGAUCAGGCUACCCUGCCAGUGAAAAGGGAAUCGAUCACAAGUUCUGAAAGUCCGAUUUUACUGGAGGCUCUGAUAACGAUUUGGUGAUCUCUACUUAAAGCAUUCAAGCAUAAAUAUGGCUUUAAAAUGGAUAGAAAAGGGCAUACACUCUUUUUUUUUUUUUAUAAGAAUGUUGUUUUCCAGGGCCAGGCUGAACAUUCUUAUUUUUCCGCCGAUUUUAGGCUGUAAAUAUUCUUUUAUUAUUCUUAAUAAUAGCUUAUGAUAUUUCCGAAUUAGAAUAUAUUAAGGUAUCAAUUAUAGUUUUGUUAAAUAUAGUUAGCUAGUUUUGCCUUUUAAAGAAAGGAAUAAAUGGAAAAGGUAUAUUUGUAUUUGUAUUUACAGAUUUUCACCACACGAAAUUAUAUCUUUUUCAAAAGCUCAGCCUGAAGUUUAUUCUUAAAGUAUUCUUAAGAUUUCGCAAAUUUCAGCCUCGAUAUUCUUAUAAAAUAUAUUCUUAUAGAAAAAAAAGAGUGUAGUUAGGACACUGUUAAAAACUUGACCUAUUUCUCUAGGAUGGUAUUCUUCUCAGUGAGCAGAGCUAUCCCUUCAGGGUUAUGUUCCAGGAGACGGAGGCCAAUAGAAGUCUUCAGGGCAUCAGAGAAGCGUUAAGUGUUGUUGUUGCCAGCAUCAUAAUUAUUGAAUCCCAUCGGCCAUUUUGUUGAGCCAGGAGUGCUGUGUCUCUCUGAGCAUUGAUUGCACCUUUUUUGUUGGAAUAUUAGGCUGCUUUAUAGGAGGGAGAGUUGCUUUCUUGUUGAUGUGUUCCAAGAAUUUCGCACUUCUCGUCAAGCACCUUUCGGAUUUCCUCAUCGUUCUCAUCAAACCAGUUUUUAUGUGAGCGUGUAUUUCUGCCGAGUUGAGGGAAUGCAGCAUGGUACACCGUAUCUACUUUGAAAGUUAUCAAGUCUUUGAUUGCUGUUCACUCUGUCGAAGACAAUGCCUUUCUGACUUUCUGACAAAAAGCCCCUUGUUAGUCGUUUUCGCAUGGGGGCGCCGCCUGGGCAGGAUAUGCAUGUUGAGUUUUGGUCAAUCCAGCAGUCUGCGCUGCACAGCCUAUCACUUCUGCUGACUAUAACAUAAUCGAUUAGAUGUCAGUGCUUGCUGUGUUGCAGUUGGGCAGACGGUAAACUAUGUUGAUUAUCAAAAGGUCGUGAGAUAAACAGGUCUUCAAAAGUAACAGUCUUUUGCUGUUGUAUUUUCGAACGCCAUUCCUCCGGAUGAUUCUUUUAGAGGUCUUGUCUUCGGCACAUUCUAUAUUACUGAAGACGUCUCCGAGAACAAUGAGCUUGUUUCCUUUUGGUAGGCCUUCAACGAUGCCUUGUAAGCCGUCGUAUAUUUUUUUUAUUGACUACACCUUCCAGUGAAUCUCCACCUGCUACAUGGUCAUUCUCCCAUUGCUACAGGGCUUAAAAGAUUGGGGGAGGGUUAUGGAUUGGCUUGCUCUAGAAUUGGAUGAAGGCGAGGAAAUGUUUCGCAGUGCCGUCAGCCUCACUCACUCGUCCUGAGUUACUUGGGCCAAGCGGAAAGAUAUGGUGAAGGCGGCUGGAGAUAAAGAAGGAUGCAUUAGAUGACCACCAGGUUUGACUCUUUCCGCCUGUGUCCUUAGGGUUCCACGCCAUCAGCUGCUUGCUGGCCUUGGCUCACAACGAGUACAUUUAUAAGGGGUACAAAGUUGUCACGGCAGCAUAUACUUUGGAUUAGUCAAGUGACUAUGUUCAUAUAACUUUCCCAAAACCAAGUAAUGCGCACUUAAAAUAUAUAUAGUUUUACAAUAAUUCGAAAAGACUCGGAAACAAUUUUGAUUACUGAGUCCAGCCUGCCAUCAUCAGUCAGUGGUACGCUGUUCAGGCACAUUCAGGAGCAUGUGCAUAAGCGUCCAACUGGCCAUUUGCUCGAUGACGGCAUUUUACUACUUCUACCAGAAUGCUUCAGUGUUUUGCUUUCUUGUGCAAAUUAGAGCUUCUGCUGUUUUAAUCCUCGCUGAGAUUUCCAAUUUAAAUAUGAACGUAAUAAUAAAAUGUACUUUGAUUGUGCUAUUUAAAUAUAUGACGCCAUCGUACAAAUGGCCUAUUGCAAGUUUGCGGAAUGAGGAAGGCUCUGUAGCCAGCUUAGACAUCAACACAUUCUAAAUCUAGCCGUCCUCUUAUGUGUUAGUGGUUUACCAAUCUAAUUUACAAAUCUAGGCGAAAGCUACAAUAUAAGAGUCACCAAACUUCCUCUUGCUGAACUUUCUAUUUCUCUUUAUUUAUAGUGGAUGACACAAAUGUGGUCAAUAGAUAGAGAAUGUUACGUAAACCAGCAUGGUGUAGAUCCAAGGGAUAACUGCAAUAUGCUGAUCUAUUUCAGUGAGGUGAUUUAAUGUAAAACUGAUUUGUAUAAUGUCCAAAUUGUGUUGUGCCGCACAUUCCUUUAAUGGCCGUUCACCAAAAUUUGUAGCUGGGCUACACUACUAUGGGGUGGGCGAUACAUCGACGAUACAUAUGGCUAUUAUUCUAUAAGGACAGGUUGCAAAGCUUAGAAGAUAAUGGUCAUAGGCCUACCAUCGUGUUCUAGCUUCCCUAGCUCAGACUUUGGUUAUGCAGGAAAAGACAUUAUAGAGUCUUCGAGAGCGUACGGUGGAUUCUCCGAAGAUUAGAGGCCUUCUUAUAAGGAGAAUGCCUUACAGUUCUCCAAACUGCGAGGACAACUUGAACUGCAUACGAGAAGGGAUCCAUUAUUGCUUCUUUCCCUCUAUUGAGAAGAAAUUUGAAGUAAAGAAAUGAAAAACAUUCGCCCAAGUGCUUCUCCUAGAAGAUAAGAUAUAUCUGCUUUACUUUAGGCUAUCCUUUCAUAGUCAGUCAAAUCAUUUUUAAAAAGGAAAGGCUUCUUAAUAUGUUGACUGAUCCGGAGGCUUUAUUUAAUUUUAAUUUUGAAAUUCUUGUUGAUUCUUUUUAAGGUGGAGAAAUGGUGUCCCAUGUUACCUUGGCGAAGACAUCUCUACCCUUCUAAAAAGAACAGUAAUAAACUGGUUUGGAAAUUUAAUAAUCAUUUCUUUCAGCCUUACACACAAUUACCAGUGAUACCUGGGCCAGUACAGUAUGAGCGCUCUUUAAGUUCAUAUUUUAUUUCUUAGUACCGACGAGAGACUGUAUGACAGUUGGGACAAUUUAUCUUAAACUUCUUUAUUUCAAGACAACUGGCCGUAGAAAAUUAAAUAAACAUAAAAUUAAUAAACCUUUCGUUGCUUUUACGAAAGACCCCGUUUAGUGGUGUAAAAGUUGAGGUGUUUUAGGGUGUUUUAUCAUUCCACUUCGGCCAGGUAAGAAACUAAAAAAAAAAUUGCCUUUACUUCACAGCUUGAUGUCCGCGACGAUCUCACAGAAUUGAUGCAGAAAUUGAACGAAAGUAAAUACCAGUUCAUGAGAGAUCGUAUUUCAAGACUUUGGCCAGAAUGGAGGGCUUCAGCUAAGAGGCUUGAACAGCAAAAACCAAGCUUUGGAAAUCGACAGAUAAAAAACGUAUGUUUGACGAAUAGAGUGAAACCUUCUACUGCACAAUUUAAAUAGGUGUUCGAUUCACAUUGGUUUUGGUAAUAAUUACCUUCAUCAUCACCAUCACCAUCACACCCCAACCAUCGUCUUUGUCAUCAUAAUCAUCACCAUCAUCAUCAUCAUCAUCAUCAUCAUCAUCAUCAUCAUCAUCAUCAUCAUCAUCAUCAUCAUCAUCAUCAUCAUCAUCAUUAUCUUCGUCAUUAUAAUUAUCUUUAUCUUUAUAAUUAUCACGAACAUUACCUUACCCUUACCAUUAUCGCUUUCAAUAUCGUUAACCUUAUCAGUUUAGUAAUCUUUAUCUUCAUUAUCAUUACAGAAAAUCAUAGCGAUCGAAAAAAUUCGGGCCUUUCUCACGCUACGUCAGGAGCAAAGACGAAGGCUUUCUCUACAUUGCUUUAAAAACAUGUUUCAGACUGAAUGGAGUAAUUUAAAUAUACAUCAAUAGCGAGAACAAAUAUGAUUUUUAAUCAUUUGGUUAAUCUUGGACAACGUUUUCUUGAGUUUACUGUUUCUUUUGGCUUAUUGUCUGGAAAAAAUUGGAUGAAAUUUAAAGGUUUACAAUUACAAGACACUUUAAUUCAUUCUAGAAUCCCAUUUCCGUCCCUUUCGAAACAGAACCUUUUAGGGGUCCUUUCUGAAAGCAAUGUCCUUAUGUAUGAUUUCGUCAUACGAACAAAUUUCAUUUGCACUUGUUGGGUGUUAAGGCAUGGCGUGAGGAUAAUUUGCAUAAAAUGUAAUAAUGAUCAUAACUUUGGGAAAAUUUAUCAGCACUUUCCAAAAUUUGGUAACCUCAAAAAAAUCGAUAACCUUAAUUUUCCUGUCACGUGACCACUUAUGGUCGAGUCCAGGAGAGAAAAUAAAAUUAAAAAUGGGGUGUAUGUAUUUAAUAUAUAUUUAAUAUAUACUGCCACACAGUAUAUAUUAAAUAUAGUAGUUUUGUUAUUGUAUCAUUAUUUCUUGCUUGAAUCUGGCCGGAAUGGUUGACUCACGUUUUUAUUUAAUUAGUAAUUAAGCAAACAGGUCACGUAACACUUUUCACCUGUGGAUAUCUUUUUAAGAAAUUAAAAACUCUCUCCGUUCCGACCACGGAAAAAAUUCGUAUGGUAAAACAAACUUUUACACAUGGUUCAAACUUACUUGUAAUCAACCAUUCCUACCACAUUUUGAAUUUCUUUUUGAAUAUCAUUAUGACGUCACUUUUCACGUGACUUCAUCACUUCAACCUUAAUUAAUUCAACGCCUAGGAAGAAAGUUUCUCGAAAGUUUUUUGCGACUUUUAGAAUUAAAAUGCACGGCUGUAGAAGAAAAACAGCUUUUUCUUCGCGGGGGGUUGAGACCAAAAAUUGAGCCAUGCCUUAACAUGCUUGAGGAUGGUGGGUUAUUCUAUUCAACUCUACUGCCUUGGGAAUUUAUUUAUGCAAAUCUACGCAACUUAAAAAUUUCAAAACGAGGCUUGGAGGUGAAAUUUGCCCAUCUGACGUAAAUAUGCAUAAUCAGAGCUGAGCGGAAUGUGCAAAACCUCACUUCCGAAAAUGUAAAAAUUCGAACGGAAAUUAAUAUAAAAAAAGCCAGAUAUCUUGAAUGCCACUGAAAUGUAGAAUUUUUUUCGCUUCUCUUGGGAAUAUCUUUUUCUUCGAAAAACAUUUUCCUCGGAUCGAUCAGCUUGUAACAAGAUAUUAGAAUAUGACAGAAAUCAGCAUCCAUGUUUGAGGUUGCAGAAUUUUGUUUCGAUAUUGACUUACAAAAAUUAUUUAAGCUUUAUUCUAAAGAAAGACAGAAGGCUCAUUCCAACUCCUUUAAUUUUACCGGUUCCAUGGCUAGAUUUUACUCUUCAUGGGAGCCUUUGCGUACUAUAAAAUAUGGCUGGAAAAAGCGUAUGAUGGAGUACCUCUAGGGGAGAUGGUACAGUGGAGUGAUCUGAUAGCCUCAAUGUACGUCCUUGGACAUAACAUCACUUUAUCAGCCGAGCGAGAUUCAAUAAAAAGGUACUUCAGCACAAUGAGCACACUAACCUAAAAUUAAUCUUUCGGUUAGUUAGUAGAAUUUUAUAGUGAUGUCGUUAUUUAUCUUGCCACACGAUAUUCUAAUUAAGUAACUCUCUGUCUUAAAAUACAAACAGAAAGUAGGUACUUUAAACUAACUCGCUAAAUAAGAUGCCAGAGUUUCUUUUCAAAGUCAAGUACUUCUAUAUUAGCGGAGCUCCACGCACUCGGAGCCCCAUAGCUAAAUAAAUCUACCAUCCAAGAAAAUCUGGUAAUCACGUGACCGUACACCGCCUGCCCGUCCGUCCGUAACUUGGUCCGGUACAAAGAAGCUAUGUAUAUUUAUACUGACAGAGUCAUCGGCCCCUGAUACCGAUAAAAACCAUCGUUCAAUUUUUUGAGUGUAAAAUCCCUGAAAGAGUACUCCUCAAUGGAUCGAUAUCAAUAUGUGGAAGGUUUUCAAAGGUUUCACACCGGUUUGAGGCUAAGAUGUGCGGCCUGUCUCUCCUUGCAAUUUUUACUUUUUGAGUAUUUACAUUAUGACAUGCAACACUCGUUUUGUAUUCCAAACGAAAAAGUAGUAUAACAGCAUCAGCGCCGUUGACAACAAAACUCAUCUCCAAGCAAGUGAGACUCAACGCUACUAAGAGCGUUCUUGUUACUUUGAUAGCUGAAGCUGACAGAGUUUUGUGUCAACUUGUGAUGUUUUUAACCGCCUUUUUCUACUGGGUGUACAAGAAAUGAAAUUCAGCUGCUAUCAAGAGUCUUCUGUUAUUCGUGGCUAGUUUGUUUAAUGGGUUUUUGGUUGAGAAAUACGUCGCUUGUCAAAGUCGGAAAUCCCAUUUGGGAUCGCAUCGUUUUCGUUUUUGACCUCGCGUGAUGCGUAAGAGGGUUGGAAAGUCUUAAGCGAUUCUGGCCUUACUUGAUAGCUUCCAGGGGAUGCAUCUUGAAUGGUAAGCCUGAGUAAUGUUUGUUUUUAUAUCUAAUGUGAUGAAGUCGAGCGUAGUUUAUGCACGUUUGUACGAUUUGAGACAAUGAUCUGACCGAGAAUCAUUAGGUUUUAUGUAAGCUUACAGAACUUUAAAAAGCCUGGCUUUAGACAAUUUCUCACCGCAAAUAGAAAAAAAAAACGUUCCAAAGAAUAUUUAAUUAAACUUCUGGCUGUAAAAGAAAGCUUUGAGCCAUUUUCUUGCCUCGAGUUCAUUUUUGAAAAAAGCAAACACCGGGAAGCCUGUUUAAAACAUAAACUUAAGCUUUAAGCCGGAAGACUCACUCUAAUGCUUGUCUUCGUAAUUGUAAAUGUUUGUCUCUGUAUUUGUUUCACCGAAUUACAGUUCUUUUAUUUAUUGUCAGUAGCCUCUCUUGCAAUUUUAAUCGCUGUGCCGUUUGUUUUCAGUCGUUCAUGAACAUCGCUUGCAGGAGUACUCAAAAUGCCGCGCAUAUCAAACGCUUUUGAAGAUUACACAUCGUUAUAAAACCACUAAAUAAAAAUAAACCUGAUAAAUUCUUUAUUAUGUUGCAGAGUAACUCUCUUAAUGUUCAUUCAAACACUCCAAAGCUCGCAACCGGCUGGCCGUAUCGGUGAUUUUGAAUUUUUUUGAGCGGCUUUGCUAUUAGCCCACGCGUGGUUCGAUCGUUCUGAAUAUUUAAUGAGUGCAAUUUGUAUUUCAGAAUUGUGAAAUACUGCAUUCUGUCCGAGGUCUGUCUGUCGAACGCAAAAAAUUCGACCUGAUUUGUUUUCCAGGCCUAAUCUACUCUGAUCAAGAGCAAAAAAUAAAGAGCCAAUUUAUGGCUCUUAAAUGUGAUCGAAGAUGAUUGCUAAGUCUAUAUAUUCAAUGAAAAUCCUUGCUUGUAUGGUUUACAUUUUUUCGCAAAAUUUUAAAGAAAAGUAUUGAACUACGUGUUAAUUAUAACUUAAGUUUCAUUUAAGAAAGGGAAUGUCAAGGCUGAUUCAAAUGCUGAAAAUUAAUUGGGCCACAAGCAAUGCCGAAAUACAUUCUAUAAUGUCAAAAUAGGUUAUAUAAUUAAGAAACAAAAAGAAGUAUUGAUAUCCAAUAAUUUAUAGCUGUUUUUCCUUAGGUUUCCACUCGAUGUCCGCAAAAAAUCCAUUCAACAAAUAAAGUGACGUGACGACAACGUUAUUUUUUCCAACAACCCGACAAAACUUUUUUUUAACAUCCGGUGACUGUUAAACCGUCAAUCACAGAAAUAAGCGCGAACUUAACUAUAAACGGAGGAUAAAAAUAAUCCUAAACAUUUCCCCCUCCUGGAUUUCCAAUAUAUUGAAAUCCAUAGCUAGUUCAUUGAAACUAGAAACCAAAACGAAAGAACGCAAUUCAAGUGUUUCCAAAAACUGUUCAAAGUCUAUGAGAAAGCAUAAAUGAGUAGCGUCACCAGUGGGCUCGAGCUCAUUGAGAACCCUUCAACUUCCAACGGUGAGAGUCUGCGCUUCUCACUUCCACCAGUCGUCACGUCUACCACUCUGACCAGUCCAGACCUGUCUCUAAUUUAACUUCCUUGUAUAAGCUUCUGGGGCUUUUCCAAACUUCCUUCCUGGCCACUGCUCUUCACCUUUCUGUAGAAACGAGGGUCCAUGCCACCCCUGGUUCCUUUAUCAGAAGGGUUUAGUUUAGUUGGAAUGUACCUCCACUGAUCUGGACUUGAAUCGUCGUGAAUUUCUCUCAUCCGAUGGGAUACAAACUGCUCGUUGUUUCGGCUAUGUCCUUGAACCCAAAAGCUGACAUUUGCGCUGUCCACCUAAAACGUGGCUUUAUUCAUGGGAUUCUCGAGUGCUCUGCUUAUCUGCAAUGUUAAUCUGAUACCAAUCAAUGCUGUCAUUAAUUCUAACCGUGGAAUACUCAUGGUCUUUAGUGGUGCCUACCUUGAAUUUGCUGCAACCAACUUUAUUCGUUCAGUUCCAUCUUCAUACUCCUGUCGUGCAUACGUUACAGCAGCGUAGGCUUUCUCAGAAUCGUCACUAAAGGUGUGUAUGGUAACAUUGCAAAUCUUCUGUCUUCCUUCAGACACCGUGGGACACGAAUAGCAUCAAGUUGUCAAACCAUUCCUUCCAGUCUGCUUUGAGAUGGUUCAGCAACUCUUCAUCCCAUCCUAGAGCUUCCAUCACCCUUUUGCAUCAACAUUUUUGCUAGUACAACGGGUCAGGAAUCCAAAUGGAUCAUAUUAAAUUUUUGCACUUUUCUUCAGCUCGUUCCGUUUUUGUAAUGGGAGUUCCUCAAGUGGUAGGCUGAAGACAAAACGAAAACUUGUCUACCUGAACAAUCUGCACUACCCCCAAAGCCUUUGUGAUUGGAAACUCUUUCUUCUCCAGAUCAACUUCUGCUGCGCAAUCGGUCACUGGUAUGUCCUCGAUCACUUCAGGUUUCUGAGAUAUCAAUUUGAGCAUGUGAAAACCUGCUUUAUUUCCAAUUUCGGUUAAUUGCUUUUGCACCUCCUUUGCCAUUCCAACCGAUUCCACUGAAGCCACGAAGUCGUCCAUAUAACAACUCUUCUUUAAUAACCUCCGCUGCGAGAGGGUAAUCUGCUUUGUGGCUAUCUGCACGCUUCUGGCAUACAUACUGGCCACAGAAGGAACAUUAACAGUCCUCAAACACAUGUCUCAUGAAUUCGUAAACUUCUGGCUCUGAUCUAAAUCCCUCCACAGAAUACUGUGGUGGUCUGUCGUCCAGGGUUAAAGCAAACUGAUGGUACAUUUGACUUAAGUCGUCUAAAAGGGCAACCAGUUCCUUUCGAAAUCUGACGAUGAUACUAAACCCCCCCCCCCCGGGGGGGACUCCGCAUAUGAAAGGGGUGGAGAUGCUCGUCGGAAAUUUUGAAUUAAACCCCUAAAGGAGACCGAUCUGGGCGUAGCCCAAGCUUUUUUGACCCCUAAAAGAGACCAUGUUAAAACACAGACAAUAUAUAUAUAUUUAUAUUUUUUCGCCUGCAACCCUAAACGAGACCUUCACGGCUAAAUAUGAUGGCCUUUUUUCCCAGAACACUCUAAGUGAGACCAAAAUCCGAAAUUUACACCACUAAGCGAGACGACGAGCAUCCUCACCCUUUUCAUAUGCGGAGUCCCCCCCCACCCCUCUCGGGGUACUAAACCAGUCUGUCGACAAUUUUUUGUCAAGCUGGUGUUAGAAUUAAUUGAAUAAACUUGUGUCCUCACAGGCGAGGUGUUGCAUGAAAAAUAAACUGACUUCAACACAUGACGAGUGGCGUUAUCUUCACUUUCAAUUCUUUUGUUUAAAUUGUCCGCUUCAUCCCCGACUUUCACUUGCAUUUCAACGUUUUUCUCUUGCUGAUACAACGCCCGUAACUCUUCCAAGAUUUCCAUGGUUUUUCCCUAAGUCCUUCCAAACGCUCCUAAAUAGCUUUAAUUUAUUCCAUUUCCUCUCGGCUUUUUAUUUCACCGCCAGCAAUGCGACCGGCUAAUAGGCCAUUUCCGAGUUCCAAAAAAUCACACUUUCAAAACGAGGCUAAGUGCGAAACCUUUGUUGUGAAAAUGAGUUUUAUUUGCAUGAUAAUUAAAAAUCAUUUUCAUAUCAAUGGCUUCACACUUAGUCUCGCUUUGAAAGUGAGACUUUUUGGAACUCGAUCGGAAAUGGCCUAUGUAUUCAGCUGUCUUGUCAUCGACGCUUUCAACUUACGUUUUCCAGCUUUCAAAUUUUCCACUUUCAUUGAAGUAUCCCCAGCCGAACCUUUUUCUUUAUCUGAAAUGUUUACACUGAUUUUCUACUCAAAAUCCACGAAAUUUCCCAAUUCUUGUCAACUUGCCCAAAAAGCGCAACGACAACUAACGCUGCCCAACACACCACAAACCUCAUCCAAAGAUGACUUGAAAAUAGUUUUUCCUCCAAAAUUGCAGCUUCUAUUCCACUUUCUGCUUCAAAAUCCGGAUCGAAGGAUCAAGACAAUGUUUUUCUUUGCCAGGUGAUGUCUGUAAAGAAUCCAUUCAACGAAUGUAAAGUGAAGUCACCAUAACUUUAUUUUUUCCAACAACCCCACAAAACUCUAUUAACAUCCGGGGACCCUCAAUAUGUUAAACUGUCAUUCACAGAAAUACGCCCGAACUUAACUGUGAAUGGGGAAUACAAAUAAUGCUGAAUGAUUGCAUUCACCCAAACUCUGCGAGUUAUUGUUAUUGAACUCGGUAAAUGGCUGUCCGCCUAGCAUUCUAUAUCAUUAUUAUUAUUUUUCUUUCAGAUUGCUUGAUGCAAAUUCCAAAAAAAGGUUUUGCGCAAGUCGGCUUGUACAUAAGCCUUUCGAUUUGAUUUAUACUGAUUACGUUGGUACAUUUUAUCUUAAUGAGGACCUUGGAGCAUCAAGGACGCACUUUAGGUAUAAUUAGGAGAUUCUCUCUUGUUACAAUGAAACAGCAAUCACAGUUUUGUUUGAUUAACCCUAUUCAGACCCAGGGGAGGGUUUUACAGCCCCCUCCCUUCGUCUUCACUAAGUUGAAUAACUUCAAAACUAUUCAAGUUAUGACCGACUUUUCUUGAGAACAUUCCGGCGUGUGCGUCAAUAUUGAUCUUACCAUGGCACCUGAGUAAUGACAGCCUUAUUUUUUUUAAAAAAAUGCAGUUUCUAUAUAUAAAAAAAGGUUUUAGUUCUAUAUUCCUUAUUAAAUAAUUAUAUGACGCUUAGUUUAGCAUUACUUUAUCAAAUUUAUUAUAACUGAUACAAGAUCGCUAGGUCGAACUUACCCCCAUAGAUUGAAAUAGAUUCUAUCAAUGAAUCUAGUAUUUUUUUAAAAAUAAAACCGAUACUCUUUACCACAACUAGUAGGUUAUGUCACCUAUGUUACGCCUAGUUAGCCUGAUCAAUAGAACUUUUCAGCUUAAGUUUUGUUUUCCCAAUUAAGAACACGGGAAGUUCGCAAGGAAAUUUGCCUUUUGUCAGGGGGAGAGACGAGGUCUGGGACCGAGAAACGAUGUUCUCACAACUUGAAAAGCGGUCACUCCACGUGGUGGUCAGCAGAAAAUUGCAGUACUUUUCCCACAGUAGAUAUUUUUAGACUUUUUUUUAAGCAAGAAGCGAACCCGCAGAGGAAAUCAGAAAUGCUUACUAAAAAAAUAAAAAUUGGAAAAAAUAAUAUCAUGCAUCUUUGUUUUUCUUGCUUAUCGUACAGUAUUUGUCUUUCGGUACUGAAAUUGCGGGGGAAACCGUGUUAGAUCUUAACCAACAACAAUGCGCUCGAUCGACUUAUAGGUUACAUCGCUUUUGCCGGGUAAGGAUUGAUAACUUGAUGAUGAUAAAAAUUACUGGAGAAAUUGUCAAAUUUAUCGGAACCAAGUAUAUUCAGAGAGCUUUAUAAAUAUGAGCUUACAGCUCUACAAUCAUAACUGAAUAAACAUUCACACUUCAUAACAUUUCACUUUGUUUAUUACGAUCAGUCAACACCUUGAAUCCAAAGUUAAAAUUCAAAACGAUCCUAAUAAACAAAUCACAACUACUACUGAAAGCUCUGUACCUUGAAGCGACUUUAACUUUCCUAAGGUUUGCAGCAAAACACUGCUUGAUAGCUCAACUCUAGCUCUUUGGCGGUUCUUAUCAGCUGUACGGAGCUAUAUGUUGCAUAUUCCAAACCCGGCAGAGGGAAAUUGUUUAAUAGAAAAAGGAAACCACGCACUAUGUCUGAAAAGCGACAUAAAAUCAAAACAUUUGCGAAUUACCAAAAUAUAAUAGUGAGAAACAGUCCCGCCUUCGACCGCCAUGUUUUCGUUUCUUCUCAAGACCGUUGAUCUAUGGAUUUUGAUGUAAUGCGCAUGAUCAGUACACAAAUCCGCUGGCAAGACCUUUGCUGAUCGCUUUGCAAGUUGUGAGAACAUCGUUUGGAUUUCAUUUAAGAGAAUGUAUGGGAAGUAGCUUCCCCCCCACCCCCCGCCUUUUGUCUUUUCAUAGACUAAGCAUACAUCAGACUCGCUAUGCCUUAUGGGUAUUUCCAGAGGAAUCGAACCCGUUUAUAGGGAGUAAGAGGAACAGUUCUCGGAGGUAACAUCGCAUGUUCUGAAAUGGGAAAACAAAACAUACAAACUAAAAAGGUCUUGCUGACUGCUCGUUUAUUGAUAAUUCAGACAGCAAAAUCUUAAAAAGUACAAGCGCUUUAAAAAAAGUUCAUCUUAAAAUGAAUUAAACUGUAAUUACCAAUGCAUUAUAGAAUGUCAGCUUGUGUCCUUUCUUCUAUGUGUACUUUGACUGUAUUAGAGGUUACAAGCAUGCAAUUGAUUUAUUGAUUUAUCAAUAAAUUAACUGAUCCUUGUUUUUUUUUAUCCGUGAGGUGUAAUUUAAGGAUUUUGGACUCAUUUGGUACAGACGCAGAAUUCAACUACGCCGAGUAUGAAGGUCUUGAUAAAUCGCUCAGAAGUGCUUGGGGAGGACGGGAUGUACAUCUUCGACAGAUAAUGACUAUGUUUCGUAAGCAAAAGAAACAAGAUUUUUAAUCGGGGUUCAGCGUUUCGUCAAAGUAACGUUAAGUUGCUUAUUUGAUAAGUCCCUUUAAUUUGUUAACGGCAUGUGUCUCCUUUAUCGUAUCGAGAACUCCACGCAAUGAACCGCACUUUUGGUUUUGGCUUGAGUUCUCAAUUUUCUGAUUUUUUUCUAACAAAAUACUUUUAAAAGUCCCUCUUGAUUUUCUCCUUCAUUCGCAAUUGUUUAGGUUUUCUUAAGCGUCUUUUUCCCCUUCCAUCUUUAGUCAUUACAUUUUAAAAAUCCGACACUAUCUUGGAACACGUGAAAUUAUAACUAACGCUGGACAAAUUUUCUCUUACCAGCGCAUAGCCCUGACAAUCUGUUUCUUGGAUUUGUUGUGGACAAAGCUUUGGCAAUAGAAGAAAACAGAAUAAAGUCGUUUAAUCAUACAACUAAUUCGAGCACUGCCAAGCCGAUUGGGCUUCUUUAUGCCAAAAAAGCUUCAUACCUAAACGUAAGUUUGCAAUUCAUAAGCGAAAGUUUGCUAACUUCCUUUUGGUAACACUCCAAGGUAUUUCACUAGUACAAAGCUCUAUUAUUAAUUGAAAAGGGGGAGACGAUAAUAUUAAUAUAUUAUUUUCGGAAGAAAAUAUUGUUCUCUUAACUGAAGCUAAUUUACAGUUAACUUUUUUGGUCCUUUCGAUAACAAACUUACUGGAACUUUUUUGGUUUUUGCUUAAUCUACGCCAGGGGAGGAGAAAGUACAUUGAUGUUCUCAGCAAGUAUCUAGAGAUACAUGGUACAAUCGCAGGGAAAGGAAGUGAGGUAGGUUUAUUAAAGACGGUACGGUACGGUGUUAUGGGGCUUGGGGUGUCUUUCAUCCAGUGAUUAGGGGGAUUCUCCUACGCCGUAUGUGCGCGGUGAUUGUGUGUGUGUGUUUUUUUAUCGCGUUUUUUAACAGCAACGAUCUAAACGAUUUCUAUGAUUUUUGGAAUCCUUAAUAAAGAAUGGUGGAAUUUGAAGAAAAUGAUAUUUAUUUUCUUGUAAAUAUAAAAACGUGAGAGAUAUCCGCAUUGAUUUAGAACCGCAUUUUUACCAAACAAUUUAAAUAACUUUAAAAUCCCAAGACAGAUUCUUCCCUAACUUCAGGAAAUAGCCUCAGAGCUCUUUAGUUUUUUAUCGAUCUGCAAGUUUGAAGUCAAUAGUGACUAUACAACUCGCUGCACAGAGCACUAGUCAAAUUUAACCAUAAUGCUACGCUAACACAUUUGUAAAGGUUAACGCCGCCAAAUUGUUUAAGAGUGCCAAAAGACAAUCUCCUAUCUGAAACGUUAUUCUUACCCAAAGCUUUAGAGUGAUUUUCCUUGAACUGUGAAACAAAUACUAACAAAUACCGCAAAAUAGCCAGAGGUAAUUAACAAUUAUUCUUUGAAAUCGAGGUGAAUAGUGGCUAAAUAUUUACCGACCCGCGAAAGCGGAGACAUAAAUAUUCCCAAAGCCACUGUUCUCCGAGAUCAAAAAGAAUAAUUGUUUUAGUAUAUACACACGAAGUGAUCUCAACAAAGUCAGAGAGGAAACCAUCAAAAAGUAUGAUUUGAUUGACAGAUCAAAUCACGCGUAAGUUUAAAAAUAGAUCGUUGCAGAAUUUUCAAACAUGACAAUUCACAAGUUUAUCAUUUCGCAAACAACAGCGUAAUGGCUUAAAUGGAACCGCUAAAAGUUUGAACUGUUUCCUUACCUGAGAAGAAAAGUAGAGCGUUGUUGUUUUCUGUUGACUCGCCAAGUUUAUAGCCAAAGGUGUUUGUUGUGUCGUUUUUCGCAUGAAGUGCUGGCAAAAAUGGAGGUUCGGUUGCUCGAGGUAAGACUUCGUCUUCCUGUAUCAUUCUUUUUCCUGUUUACUUGAAAUGCAGAAUUUCUGCAAACAUAUCCUUUUCAAUUUGUUUGUCACAAAUAAACUUCGAUUUUUGAGCCAAAAUUUUCUUGUUAUAAAACGCUGAGUUCACGAAACGGCUUCUUCUACGCGAAUACACGGGAGUUGUAAACAAUCCAUCGAGCACAAAACUCAGCUACAGUAAAUUGAUUGAAAAACGCCGUAUUGAAUCCUUCCAAGUCUUUUCUCGCCUUAAAAAAAGUCAUCCCUAGGAUUUUGUCGACUUUUAAAAGAUCGUUCUUUAAAAAAAUGGGAAAAACACCGACCUCACACAUUAUCCACUCGCUAGGAGGUGAAUAUUGUUGAAUAGUCCGAGAUAGCGAACCAAUCAGAUUGCUUAAAUCACCAAGAUCACUGAGUGUGUAUGUACUAAAUGCAAGAAGACAACGGAAUAAGUGCAUAAUAGUGCGUAUUCUACUACCAAUUUCACGGGUUAAGCAAAAUCAUUCUAUUGCUAUUUGUGCGUUAACCUUCACAAGUAGGUUAGCGCAACAUUCUGAGAGCUGGGAUUUCGAAGUAAUUUAAAUUUUUGGCAAAAUGCAGUUUUAAAUCAAUGCCAAUAUCUCACAGGUUUUAUACCUACGAUGAAAAUAAAGCUAAAAAAAGGCACCACCAUUUUUCAUUAAGGAUGCCAAAAAUCAUAGAACUCGUUUUGAUGGUUGCCACUGAAAAACGCGAUUCAAAAACCUAACCAGCACACCCACAUAAAUAAGUUCGGGCCACCUUAAAGCAAUGAUAAUGAGACAUAAAAAAAUGAGAGACUUUAUUAUAUGUCUCAGCCAGGAUUUUUUUUUUUAUUAGAACUUUGAAUUAGGGUAUCGUGGCAAUACUAAUUACUACCAAGAGCCAUAAUUACUUUUAUCAUAUGGCUACAAUAGUACGCGCCCUCUGAUUGGCUGUUAAGCGAGCAUUAGUUUCUUGUAAUGACCGGGCAUUACUAGCUAGUUGUCUACAGUCCGGAAUAUCCCUAAAUUUAAGGACAGGGCCGACUGGUCAUGCGACACUUUUCAACCAAUGAGAAGGCGCGCUUGUGUUUAUCAACAAACAAAUCAAAACAUCGCCGCUGUGAUAAAAUAUUUUCAAAACAGCGGACGGAGUCGGACAGAAUCAGUCAUCGUUUCGAGGCUCUCAGGCAUAUUUUUAAGACUUUUCAUGAGGCAUACACAAUUUUUUUUAGAGGACAGCGUAUCGGAAGCCAUAUUGGAAGUGUCUCGUGAAAUAUUCAGCACAUUUUGUGGCUUAUUUCUUCUUUUAAACAACGCGAUGUAUGUGCGAGAUUUUGGUCGGUUUUCAAGGUAGGUGAACAAGUAUCUAUUAUUUUUUCGAUUCACAGAUUUUUUUUACGAAGUUCUAGAUAUUUUUCCUUGAUUGUCAUAUCGAUUAACUUUUAUCAUGUUGAAUGUGGGGAUGGUAGACAACCUAGAAUUUUGGUAGACCAAUUUUGAAUUCCGAGGUCCAUGAAAACACGUACGUUUUCCAUUCCCGGGUUUCUCACAGAGCCGUGUUAUUACUUUUUUUCGGAUUAGUACGAGCCUGUGCCUUUUUUCUUUUCAAGGCCAAAACAACUUUAUUAGUCUUAUGGAUAUUCACGUCCAACAUCUCGCCUCACUUUGCCGAAUUUUUGGGGAUGAAAUUGAAGAUCAUAAGCGCAAGGAAGAUACUAACCGCUUUGUUUCUGAAAUUCACCAAAUCUGGAAAGAUUUAAUGUUGCUGGAUUCUCCAAAUGUUCAUCCACUGUUAAAAAAUAAUCAAAGAAGGAAGGCAAAUUUCAAGUGUAAAUGAUGUAUUUCGCUACUCAUUGAACAUGCACUGAAUCUGGGAUCAAAUUAAAACAUUGCAGGUACUACAGCAAGCAAGGAAAGCACCAGAUGCGUGAAGUCAACACGAAACAACACCAAAAAACAAACAAGAAAAAUUAAUAAAUUUGAACUACUUUUUAUUUUAUUGUUGUUAUGAUGACUGGUUCUUUGAUUCUUGUCCUGUAGAAGCUAAUAGGUAGUACCAAUCCUGUUUUGUAUGAUCUCAACAAAUUUUCACACUCUCUGUAAGGCUAUUUUUACACGGGACCAGUUUGUUUCUAUCAAAAAUCUUGCAAGCCAUGCCAGUGAAGCCACGACCACUGCGAUCGGUCCGGAAUCAGUUCGAACACCCCAAUGAUUCCUUGCAAUGAAUAAUGCUCUUAUUCUCUUACAUGAAAUGUUUUCUUUGAAAUAUUAAAUGUGAAACCUAGACGAGUACUGUAAGCUCAUCUUUAAUUCUGUCCGUCGACUCCGUCCGUUGUUUUGAUAAUUUUUGAGCACUGGGGCGAUGUUUUGAUUUGUUUGUUGAUAAACACAAGCGCGCCUUCUCAUUGGUUGAAAAGUGUCGCGUGACCAGCUGGCCCUGUCCUUAAAUUUAGGGAUAUUCCGGACUGGUCUAAGGCGUAUACAAUCUUCAUUUAACUUGAUAGUGGACAUUCUUAUGGGACAUUCAUGUUAUUGUCAAUUGACAGCUGUCAAAAAGGAUAUCCACUGACCAGUUUCACAUGACUGUAUCGCGGGCUCAAGUGUACAACUCAUUGAGGCGACGUGUUUUUUAAAGUUAUCCUCUGACCAGUUAUUGGUUUUAAUCGAUCGCAGGAUCAAGUCCAUAAUGAAAAGGACAUAUAAUAAAUAACUUAAUAAUCUCGUCCGAUCGGUCAUUACGGGGAAAGCUCAGUCCUCGGCCUUGAUGUAUUGACCUCGUUAUCGCUCGGUCAAUACAUCAAGGGUCUCGGUCUGAGGUUUUACCCUCGGUUAAUAAGUGGUUUAUUACAGUGAAGAGAAGUGGAGACGUCACAAUAACUAACUUUUUGGAAUUUUCGUAUGCGUUCACAUAUCCAUUUAGAACAAGAUGAGAAAUGUCCACUUGCUACAAAUGAGCCUGUGGGUGCAAAUUGGUUGGGAGAUAAUCACCGUUAUGCCCCGAUGAGUCCAUAUAAAUUGCAUAAAAAUCCUUCCAAAAUAGGCCUGGAUCAUAAGCGUUACGAUCCAAGCCCAUUUUAGAAGGAUUUGCACGGAGUUAUUAGAGAAUAAAGGUGCUUAUAUCUCCCCACCAAUUUUCACUAAUAUAUAUAACAGGCUGAUUUUUGGCAAGGGGGCUUUUUUCAUCUUCUUAUCUUCUUUCUGAACUUGCCAACCAAUCUUAAAAUAUCACAUAUCUGACUUGCUGUGACGUCACCCUUCUCUUCUCCAUACCAUCUUAUGCUUAACUAUAAUUUCCUUUCUUUUGUCAGAACUAUAAAGCACUUGUACCAGACUACGUUAUCAAUCACGGAAUUAUGAAAGGAGGAGAUCUUCAAAAGCUUUUGAGAACAGCCAAAGUAUGUGUGAUGGCGCUAAAAAAGGGUGUGACACUUGAAUGUCAACUAAUGAAAUGAAAUGGGAACACAAUGAUUGUCCAAUUACCUCAGUGCAAACUAAAUCGUAAAUGUUUCCUACGUCAUGAGAAGCAUCACGUCCUUUUUUGGGGAAUGUUUCACAUUUAAUUAAUUACACACCUUUUAGAUAUUUUCUAACUAGCCCUUGAGUUAACUUGAGUUCCGACGGGGGUGAACAAAGGAUUGUAGCUGAUUUCUUUUGGUCAAAUUAUUAUAUUUUUGACAGGUAUUCAUUGGCCUGGGCUUUCCGUAUGAAGGACCCGCGCCCCUCGAAGCCAUCUCACAAGGAUGCGUUUUCAUCAAUCCAGGAGUAUGAUUUGCUUUAGCUUAUUACCAGUGUGCAUUACAUUAAACUUUAUAAGGCCCCAACCCCCCCCCCGAUAUAAGCAACCUUCUUGCAUGUACUUAACUGAAUUCGAUUUCUACAACGUUUUCAAGCUUAAAAAAGUGAGUCAAUUUAAAAAAGUAUUUUAAUCAGCAUUGCUAUAGAUAAUAGACUAUGACGCUUGGUUUAAUUUGAAACGGUUAUAAGCCACCUCCCCCACCUCCCCCCAAUCACUUUUAAGCCCUCCUAAAACGCUUUACAACGUUGUUUAAGCCAAGAGGGCUGAAUUUUAAGAUAUUUUAAUCAAUUAUACAAAGUGGAACGAGUGACACGAUUGGGAUAAUUAUAAUCUUCCGAUCCCGCAGAAGAUAUGAGAUUAUCAUAUCCAACGGGCACUCGUGGAAUAAUUGUUCAAUAUUAUACAUGUAUAUAUCUAUCCUUUUUGUAGUUCGAUCCUCCUCACAGCCGCUCGAACACGGACUUUUUCAAGUCAAAACCAACAUUUAGGGAGGUUGGUACAGUUAUUGGCUGGUGUUCACCAUAUAGCAAAAUAACGAUGAUUUGACAAUAUUCCCAGUAAGAAGUUUACCUUCAAAAUAGUUCUUGACGUCAUAAACUCAGUAAUGACGUCACAGCCUAGUCCCUAGGCAUUCUCUCUUGAUCCGUUGUCGAAGUGUGGGAGAGAGCGGGCGAGUAUCUCUCGGUGACGUCACAGUUCAUGGAAUAGUCCAGGAAUGACUAAGCCGAAAACGCCUGGGGACUAGGCUGAUGAGGCCCCAUAUCUCGUAAAAUGGCAACUAACUGUCUCCAAUUUCUUUGGAAUGAAUAAACAACCACUUUAAAGAAGUCCUGACUUAAUCAUUUUAAAAAUGGGGGAAAACAUUUGGGCGCUGUAACACUCCCUUUUUUACGCGGAGGAUUAAGGCCAGAAAAACGGAGACAAUUUUCUUGCAACCUUGUUGCAAAGAAAUUGUAAUAAAAUAUACUUGUUUUAUUAAUUAUGUGUAAAUUCACGCCUAACAGUUUUAGAAUUAACUGAGUGUUAAGUAAAUAACUUCUUUUUUUAAUAAUUUAUUAUCUUAGUAUUCUAGUAUUUGAUAUUGAAGGACUUUAGUAUUCCGCUUUAAUUUAGUUUCGAUUAUAGGGCCGUGAGGGAGACUAAAGUCUUUGACUGCAAUUAUGCAUCCUAUUAAAAGUGUCAUUGAUUCAUUCAUCUAUUCAGUUGACGUCACAGCACCCAUAUAUGGAAACAUUCAUUGGGAAGCCUCAUGUUUACACUAUUGAUGUAAAUAAUCUUGAUCUAGUGGAAGCUACUAUAAAAGAAAUUAUAUCUUUAAAGGUAAGGCAGUUCUAGGUAGAGCAAACCUUUGAACUUCACUCCUUUACAGACACAAAACCUUUAUUAUCUAGCAGAACCAAAACUUGUUGCUGGCUAUCUUUGUAUGCUCUUCCCUUGAUGCUUUUUGUUUGUUUGUUUAUUUUUUCAAGGUAAAACCAUUUCUUCCUUACGAAUGGACUCCAGGAGGCAUGCUGGAACGUUUAAACGCCUUUGUUGAAAAGAUGGUUAGUAGCUUGGGUGGCAAUACGAUACCAAUGUAACUAUGGCAACGCAGGUGUGUAAGUAAGUAAGUAAGGUCUGUCUCGUGUUCAGUCAUGCAUCUGCGAUAUGACCAACUGGAUGACAUCAGACAAGUUAAUGCUGAACAAUAACAAGACUGAACUCCUUGUGCUCAACGCUUGCCAUCAUCCUCGUCCUCCACUGGAGUCUGUUACAGUUGGCCGUGACGUGAUACAUGUUUCACAUGCCGCAAAGAACAUAUAUAGGGAUCUGGUUCGAUGAAUUUCUAUCAAUGGACAAACAAGUGAAAGCAGUCUGCAACCGGCCUGCUUAACUGUGCGAUAUCGCUAAAAUUAGGAAAUAUAUAUCGUUUACUCACUGCAAGAUUUUAAUACUUGCAUUUAUUACGUCAAAACUGGACUACUAUAACUCUCUCUGAUCUGGGCUUCGACAGGACCAUCAUAUUAACAAACUUCAGCUUGUGCAAAAUUCUGCCGCACGUCUUUUGACUGGUAUUAGGAAACAUGAACUUCUUAGGUCUCUUCAUUAUAAUUAGUUGCCUAUUCCGGAAAGAAUUGAUUUUAAACUUUUACUUCUUACAUUUAAGUCACCUAAUGAUGUAGUACCGCCUUGUAUGGAAGAACUGUUAGUUCGUUAAAGACCAAUAAGAACUCUGCGUUCUGCAGAUCAAGGACUCCUAGUGCAAACUAAAUACAACCUUAAAACCUGUGGUUAUAGAGCUCUUUCACCCGCAGCUCAUAAGAUAUGGAAUUCCAUGCUAGUCAGUAUACGCACAUGUUGUGAGCUGGGCUCGUUCAAAUCAAAAAUCAAAACAUUUCUUUUUAAGCGUGCUUUUCAGCUGUAAUUUUAUUUUAUUUAUUUAUGAUUUAUGAUUUGUUUUUAACAAAUAUGUCAUUGUAAUAUUUCAUUAGGUUUAUUACUAUUAGUACUGAUUGUAAAGCGCUUUGGAUCACUAAGAGAAAGGCGCUGUGUAAAUGUAUAUUAUUAUUAUUAUUAUUAUUAAUAUUAUCUUCACUAUUAAAUCCGCAAGCUAGGAAGCCCACACGGAAGCUUAACCCAGUUUCUUCAGCAUGAAGCAUCGACUAGGAUUCCCAACUACCCGCUGGAUGGGAAACUCACCAAUCACAUGUACCAGCCAGUAGUAGUUUGUCGCCGAUACUCACUUUUUGCAUAAUCCAACUAUUGGUCUAUUAUCAAUGCUGCGUUCUGAUUGGUUGAGCUACUACUAGGCUAUAUGUUAUAACCCACUAGUAGCGAAAAGCGCCGCCUUUGAAAACCAAAACAAUAGCGGCUGAAUUGCGUUUUGCUAUGUAGCUAAAAUUGUUUUCUCUCGAUUUUACUUAUAGGCUCCUGACUGAAAUAAUUAUUCCUCUCGCCCUCAUGGCCUCUGAGUCAAUAGCCCAGGCCUCAUGGGCUAUUGACUCAGAGCCCAUUCGGGCUCGAGGAAUAAUUGUUAAAUAUACCUGGGUAAAGAGAGAGUGUAGCAAAGUUUCCCCUGAUAGGAAACAAUGCGAAGAAAAGGUGCCAUGUCGAUGCUACCGAUCCGAAGUUUGAGGGGUUCACAGCACGGCCACCAACAACGCGGAACACACCACUGUAACUAUAAGGGAAGAGUAAUGUCACAUUUACUGUACAACUUAUUCCAGCAUAGUGGCAAAUUUAGUCAUCUUCAUUGUAAUUGGUCCUCAAUGUCUCUUUUCAAGGUAUAAGUUAAUUCAUCUUUUAAAUCCUUUAGAAGCAAUCGAGUCAAAUCACGGGGCUAGUCAACACAAAUUAAAGCGAUAAGAUUCAAGGAGCGAGCAUUUCGGAAUAAGGUGACUAUAGGCUUUUCAUUACUGAACGAUAUGUCAUUUUUUCCAGGACUUUUGUGAGCAUGGGGAACAAUGGCCACCAACGGAAGAAAUGCAUCUGCUGUUAGGCUCCAAAGGCGACUCCUGUAAAGAUACAUGUGCGAAGAAUGGUAUGACAUUAUGGUCGUUGACCGUUUACAUUGGCAAACAGGUCGAUGGACAGUUUGGGCAAAAUAGCGAGGAAAACUGAGAAAAACUCCAGACGGUCAAAUUAAUUCCGCUCGCUGGACCGGCACAGAAAACCAUUUUUUAUUUAGUUUUCAAUCGGUUUUCCUCAACCUUUUUGUAAAUGGUAAACAACUAACUUUUCAACAUGCACAGGAUAUGACAAACCAUUGAUAUUCGUUGUGUGAUUUUUUCAGGAUUUCUAUGUGAGCCAUCCUUCUUCAAUUACAUUAACUCAGUGGAAAAGUUUGAAAAGUGAGUGGCUGUCAGCCUUUUUUCCAUACCUAGAAUGAGGGAUUGGCCUUACUUACCUGUCCUUAGCCCUCCACGAUUUUCCUGUAGCUCAUUGGUGUAGCAUCUGAGCUAGUAACCAGAAGGUUAAGAGUUCGACUCCUGUACGUUAGGAGUACUUACACGGUGUCCGAAAAGAUCGUUCCUCUAAUUUCAUGCACUAUAACUUUUGAUCAAAACUUUAUUUUUACAUGAAAUUUCUAGAAGAUGUUUAUUUCCCUAUCGAAUACAUGUAUUCAGAAUUUCAGUUAUUGGCAUGCCCCUUUUUUGUUUUUUUAUCACUUUCUAUAGCCGUUGCGGCAUCCAGUGGGAUACAGCGUGUAGACCCACAGAUGAUCCAUCUUGAGCUUUUUUAUCACCUGGUGCGCAGGAGCCAGUUCAACCCCCAAACAAUAUUUGUUUAGUUUAGGCAGCUGAAAAAAAAACAUAUUUCGGUCAUUUAUCGAAAAAAGUAUAAUCAACCCGGGCCCCUUCCUCAGCAAGGAUUUUGUACUUCUUUACAAAUUUGAGACGAGCUGGGCGUUACUUGGUAGACUAAACAGAGGUUUUUCUUUGUCAUCCCAGGGACCUCUAACUUUAAACAUUCGCUUUUCAUGACCCUUUCUCGACUUGGCUUGCCAACUUUGUGAGAGUUUCCUCGUCGAGUCUCCUAUUUGGUAUCUAGCCUUUUUUAAAACUAUUUUAGCUGCUUUAUUUAAGACUCCUGGUCUUCCUCUUCGUUUCUUGCCUUCAAAACCUCAUUUCUCUAUGAUCAUUUUACCAGCCAACAUUCGGACUUUGCCAGUUUUUUAGCGCAGUGUCUACAACAGAUAAGCCAGUAAAUCGAAGUAUACAUGCUUAUGCUCUCACGUAGCUGAACGUGUUUGCGUUAUGGGGGUUUAUCUUUCAUGAUAUUCGCAAGAAAACAAGGAAGUAGUUCGAGCAAUUCGGGCUAUAAAAUACAAAAAAUAUGUGGAUUGAAAAUAUGCUCGCGCAAGCGCACCUUUGGCGCGGAAGUAUACAUAUCGAAUAUUCAAGUCAAAAGAUGGCACAACAAGUGUGAAAAUAGUGAAUUAGAUUGAAAGACACAACUUUUGACAGAAUGAUUUGCUUACCAAGUUCAAUCGUAAUGAAAUACAGACAAAGAUAGAGAAGAGGAACGAACUUUUGGGACACACUGUACGUUUUGCAUACCGAGCCGCUUGUGACUCACUGAAAAAUACACUUUUCUCGCGUAUUCAUCAGGCAUAAAAUUCACCAACAAAUAGCGUAUAAAUCUGACCUUUGGGGUUUGGAGCGUUGUUGCUGUUUGACAAUUGCGAUCUUUUCUUUAUGUCUGAGUGCCUAAGGUGGAUAGAGAUGUGGUCCAUCUCGGAAAAUCUUAUGGUCAGUGAACAGUCGACAUCGUCAAGUAAAAAUGCCUCUUGUCUGUCUAUGAACAAGUUCAACUGCACCUGCGGCAGCCUGACUUGGCCCGAUUCACCUCGUUAACAUGUCACUCUUGUGACGAUACCAAAGAAUCGAGGUAUGAGGCAAACCCGGUUUACGGACCCCCCAUUAUUACGGAACGUUUGCUUUGUCCGUGGGGAAAGAAAGUCCUUACUUUUUCUCUAAAUUCAACUCACUUAAUACGGACACCCUGUUAAUACGGGCGCUUCUAUGCCCCACUCGGCGUCCGUAUUAACAGAUUUGACUGUAUUUGACAUAUAGUUUGUCUUGCUUAGGUUUGGAAUAACCUGUGAUAAACAGACGAAGGAGAACAGACUUCAUGCUCCUUCACACGCUCCAGCGGAUAAAGCUUGCACAUUACAAGCAAUGUCACUUUUAUUUAGCUGUGUAUCCAAAGAUCCAGAACGCAUGCGGUUAUGUCCAUGCCGGGAUUACCAAGAUGAACAAGUAGCGUUUUGCAAAAAUUGCAAUUGA